AUGGCCAAUUUGUUACUUCUGAAACAACUCAUUUUACUCACUGCUGAAGAGUGCGGCAAUCUUUGGGCCUUUUAUUUUGGAGUAGAUAACACAUUUAUGUAUUUGUUUGACUUCUUUACCACUGGGGAAGAAGUGACAGUUUAUCGUCUAGAAGAGAGUUCUCCUAUGAACCUUGACAAAAGCAUGUCUUCUUGGUCCCAGCGUGGUAUGGCUGCAAUGAUCCAAGUCUUGUCACGGGAGGAGAUGGAUGGGGGUCUACGGAGAGCCAUGAAGGUCAUUUGUACUUGGUCUGAAAAUGAUGUAUUAAAGCUGGGACAAGUCUUUAUUGUGAAGUCUUUUCUACCGGAGGUGAUUCAGACCUGGCAAAAGAUCUUUCAUGAUGGCACAGUGCUACAUCUCUGCCUGAGGGAGAUACAACAGCAAAGGGCUGCCCAGAAAUUGAUCUAUACCUUCAAUCAAAUGAAGCCUCAUACAAUUCCAUAUACUCCAAGGUUCCUGGAAGUUUUCCUCAUCUACUGCCACUCAGCCAACCAGUGGCUGACUAUCGAGAAGUACAUGACUGGUGUUGGGGAAAACCUUACUGAUCCAUCUGUGAUUAAACCUGAAGACAAGAAAUCUGGAAAAAUGGUGUUUGGACCAGCAAACCUAGGAGAAGAUGCAAUUAGAAACUUCAUUGCAAAGCACCGUUGUAACUCUUGCUGCAGGAAGCUGAAACUUCCUGAUCUGAGAAAAAAUGACUACACACUGGAAAGGCUCGUUCCAGCUGCUGAAGGAGAAGCAGACGCAGUGGGAGCGGAUGGCGCGGAUGAGCCCUUGGAGUACGACACGCGGUUGUGA